AGCCGCGUCUCGCGGGGCCCCACCGCUCUGGGCCGCGCGCUCCUCGUCGCUGGUCCGCGGACUCGGCCCCGGCUGCCAGCGGCCGCCCUCCCCGCGCCCAGCGCCCACCCGCCGGGCUCCCCGCGCCCCACCUAGCACCGCGGCUCCCGGGGCCCGGACCGAGGCCGCCAGCAGCGCCGCGGGGUGUGGGGCGGACCCAGGAGAUGAAAUGACAACGUCAACCCUCCAGAAAGCCAUUGAUCUGGUGACCAAAGCCACAGAAGAGGAUAAAGCCAAGAAUUACGAGGAGGCGCUGCGGCUCUACCAGCAUGCCGUGGAGUACUUCCUGCACGCCAUCAAGUAUGAGGCACACAGCGACAAGGCCAAGGAGAGCAUUCGAGCCAAGUGUGUGCAGUACCUAGACCGUGCGGAGAAGCUCAAGGACUACUUACGAAACAAAGAGAAGCAUGGCAAGAAGCCAGUCAAAGAGAACCAGAGCGAGGGCAAGGGCAGCGACAGUGACAGCGAAGGGGAUAACCCCGAGAAGAAGAAACUGCAGGAGCAGCUGAUGGGUGCCGUGGUGAUGGAGAAACCCAACAUACGGUGGAAUGACGUGGCCGGGCUGGAGGGGGCCAAAGAGGCCCUCAAAGAAGCUGUCAUUUUGCCGAUUAAAUUCCCACACUUGUUCACAGGCAAGCGCACUCCUUGGCGAGGGAUACUCCUCUUUGGACCCCCUGGCACAGGGAAAUCCUACCUGGCCAAAGCGGUGGCAACAGAGGCCAACAACUCCACCUUCUUCUCUGUGUCCUCCUCAGACCUGAUGUCCAAGUGGUUGGGGGAGAGUGAGAAACUAGUCAAGAACCUGUUUGAGCUGGCCCGGCAGCACAAGCCCUCCAUCAUCUUCAUCGACGAGGUGGAUUCCCUCUGCGGCUCCCGAAACGAAAACGAGAGCGAGGCCGCCCGGAGGAUCAAAACGGAGUUCUUGGUCCAGAUGCAGGGGGUGGGGAACAACAAUGAUGGGACUCUGGUCCUUGGUGCCACAAACAUCCCCUGGGUGUUGGAUUCGGCCAUUCGAAGGAGGUUUGAAAAGCGCAUUUACAUCCCCUUGCCGGAAGAAGCCGCACGUGCGCAGAUGUUUCGAUUGCAUCUGGGGAGCACGCCCCACAACCUCACCGAAGCCAACAUCCUUGAGCUGGCCCGGAAGACAGAAGGCUACUCCGGUGCCGACAUCAGCAUCAUCGUGCGGGACUCCCUCAUGCAGCCCGUCAGGAAAGUGCAGUCAGCAACACAUUUCAAGAAGGUCUCUGGUCCUUCCCGAACCAACCCUAGCGUUCUGAUUGACGACCUCCUGACCCCGUGCUCCCCCGGAGACCCCGAGGCCAUAGAGAUGACGUGGAUGGACGUCCCUGGCGACAAGCUCUUAGAGCCGGUGGUCUGCAUGUCAGACAUGCUGCGGUCCCUGGCCACCACCCGGCCCACGGUGAACGCGGACGACCUCCUCAAAGUGAAGAAAUUCUCAGAGGACUUUGGCCAGGAGAGCUAAUGUGAAGGCGGGAGCCGGGCACACCUGUGGCCGGAUGGGGCUCCUGGGCUGGCCCGAGGUCGCUGCGGUGUCGCCAGUGCUGUGUGGCCGCGUGCAAGGGCAGGAAGGUGGGCUCGAGACCACGCCUGCCUCCCACGGGGACACGCUCGUCCCACGUUCUCACGCUCACCGACUCCCUUGCCCUGCCCAUCUGUGGGUUUUCUUUUUUAACCUUUUGUGUUCUAAAUUAAUGCUGCUUUGAUUUCUGUCUUGUUUAUAAAUAAAGAUGAAAUCACCUAGA